UCUUGCCUUACAGGAGGAGCAGGCUCCCGUGGUGCAGGGCCGCAGGUCAUCGCUCAGCGGGGUGUGCUACCUGACCAUGGGUCUCCUCGUGCUGCUCCUUGGCUUGGUCUUUGCAUCAAUGUAUGUCUACAGAUACUUCUUCAUCACGCAGCUUCCCCGCGAGAGCGUGUUUCACUGCGGCGUCCUUUAUGAAGACUCGCUGUAUUCGCCGUUCAGAGGGCAGCUGGAACUGCAUGAAGAUGUCAAGAUUUACAUCGAGGACAACUAUGAGCAAAUCAAUGUCCCGGUGCCCCAGUUUGGAGGGAGCGACCCUGCGGAUAUCAUCCAUGAUUUCCAGCGAGGUCUAACAGCUUAUCAUGACAUAACGCUGGAUAAAUGCUACGUCAUUGAGCUGAACACCACUAUCGUGAUGCCUCCACGCAACCUCUGGGAGCUGCUGGUUAACGUGAAGAAAGGAACAUACCUGCCUCAGACAUACAUCAUCCAGGAGGAGAUGAUUGCGACUGAGCACGUCAGCGACAUGGAGCAGCUCGGCUCCUUCAUUUACCGCCUGUGCAGCGGCAAGGAGACCUACAGGCUGAAGCGGAGGAGCACCAGGAGACGUAUCAGUCGACGUGAGGCUGGGGACUGCCACCGUAUUCGUCACUUUGAAAACACUUUUGUGGUUGAAACUGUUAUCUGCAGAAAAUCAUGAAGCCCCUGUCCAGUUGUAACCUUCCAUGGCUUUGCUUGCACACACAUGCUCUCAGCCCUCUUUUUAGACUUGGUAAUCUGCCUUACUUACUUUACUCCCUCUCCUGCUUGUGCAGCUCUAAAGCCUUGGGUCUGUCGUGGCCUCGCAGUUGAUUCUGUUCUCUUUUCUCUUUACUGAGAUGUUUUGCUGGGCUUAAAUUUAUGCAGCAGUCACAGAUGGCCUUGGAGUGGAUGCAGCCUCUUCCAUCCCACAGGGUGGGGAUCUGUUUCAGGAGCAGGUUUUGGGUAGAAGGGUCGGCCAAGAAGUAGGAUGCUGGAAAUGGUUGCUCUCCUCCUGUCUGAGCAGUUUCAUGCUGGCACUGUUGUGAGGCUGGGGCAGAAGGUAUACUACAGGAGGAGAAUUACCAUUCUGAUGCUGAUGUAAUGACCAGAGUAUGUCAUCAGAUGGACUUAGAAUUAGAUGUGAAAUUACAAGCAGGGUGAUUUGGAAAGCUCAGCAGAAGGAGGUUUUCUGCCCACACUGAACUGUGAUGCUCACAGUUUGUUGUCCCAAUGAAAACCAAGUUUUCAAACAGUGAAGGCAGCCCGUAUGCAUUGUUUCUGUGUCUAGCUCCUGGCUGAUUUGGAGUGGCAUACCUGGAACCAGCCAGGCUACCCUCCCUCAGCCUUCAAUAUAACAAGCAAGUGGUGUCUGCUUGUGGCUCCUGAGCUCAUUUGCUGCCAUUUUGCCUGAGUAAAUAGAGGUGAGCCUUUAUACAUGCUGCCAAAGCUCAUAUCUGAUGUCCCAUCUAUGGGCUGCUGAUGGAGCUGGGUGCUUUAUUUCAGCUCACCUCUCCAGACCAGCUCCUCCCUGGAAGAUGAGUUAUGUUCAUAUAGAUCUGUCUUUCUGAGUUGUCAGAGUCCCAUCUGUCCGUGGAUGGGUGCCAUGCCAGCAUGCAAAGUGGUAUCAGCAGCAGAAAAUCAGUAGUUACUGGCAACUGCAGAAACAGAGUGGUUUGUUUUUUUUGUUGUUGUUUGUUUGUUUGUUUUUGAGAGCAUAUUCCCAUAGGACUCCUCUGAAGAAAGCUGUUUUGAUCAUAAUUCCUCUAGCCCAGCUGUGUGUUGUGUCAUCUGUAGGCACCGCUGGAGAGCAGGUGUUGAUACAAGGCAAGAUUCAGUGCAUCAGUAUACUGCAGAGAAAUUGUGUGAACAAAACUGUGUUUCUACUGAUCAUCAGAAAGAAAAAUUGCAGGGUAAUUAAAUAUUCUUCCUUCUGUUCCAUAAAUAUAGUUAAAACUAAUGAGGUUCUUAAAAUGCAGGCAGUUUUUUGACUUGAAAGAACAGCUUGGCACAUUCUUGUUAAUUGGUUUUCAGCAAAUCGGGACUUGUUCAUCUGUUGAAAUGAGCAUGUUGUUUCACGAAGAGAAAGGAUAAAGCAAAUGCAAGAACAAUCAUUAACUCAGCAGGACCAAAAAAAUUAAUGUAUUUGAGAGUCAAACUUCUAUUAGUAGUACUGUGAGCUAAUUAUAUGAAAACAAAACAGUACCUUAAAAUGAUCAUAUAAUGCAAUAGCAAUUAGUAUGUCCUUAGAAGCUCAGAUUAUUAUUUUUUUAUAUAAAAAAAGAGUCAACCAUAAACAUUAGAUUUUAAUAGGUAGAGCAGGAGAUGCUGAUCUCCUGCUUUAAAGUGGAUGUGAGAUGUCAGAUUGCAUGUGUUUCAUGCAGACCGGUGAGGAAAGUUUCCCACUGCCGGCGGAGUAUUUGCUUUUAUAGUACAGCUGUGUUUUUCCAACUACAACUUGCUAUUAGCCCUAAGCUUUCAUCGCAAAGUGAAUGAUGAGAGUCAGAGUAUCGGUUUGCUUGGUGGAAGUAUCACAAACUGGUAAAUUUAAGCCCUGCAUUUCUCUCUGUUUCCGGGAUCCUAAGCCUGCACUCAGGUGAGCGCUCAGACCUUUUCCCUUCCCUCUGAUUCUGCAUGAAUUAACUGGUCAUUGAAUAUGCUAACUCCGUGCAACCCCGCAGCUGUAAGGACAAGCCCUGAUUCUUUAAGGUGAACUAAUGUGGUUGCUGUUUCAUAGGGUGAGAAUGCAGUUGUCUAGAAAGAAAACAAAAUGCUUUGUAUAUUUUGUCUGGUAGAACUCUUACCUCUUAGGAAACAUCCAUGGGAUAAUAAAAUCUUUUAUCUCUGA